AGGAAGUGUACAGAUCAUAGGGACAGCGUUACAGAGAUAAGAACCGUUGAUAUAAUCUCACUAGUCUAGUCUUUUCCGACCAACACCAUUUGUCUUGAGUGGCGCUGAGUUUGCACAGAGAGAGAGAGAGAGAGAAUCAGCUUUCUUUGAAAAAGGUGUUCAUACAGAGAGAAGAGAGAGAAGAGAGAGAGUAUGGCGGAGAGUGGUGGUCGGAGAAUCGGAGUGGCGGUGGAUUUCUCGGAGUGCAGCAAGAAGGCUCUGAGCUGGGCGAUCGACAACGCUGUUCGCGAGGGUGAUUAUCUUAUUCUCAUCUGCGUCGCUCAUGAUAUGCAUUACGAGGAAGGCGAGAUGCAGCUCUGGGAGACCGUUGGAUCACCUCUGAUUCCGCUGAGUGAAUUCUCUGAUGCUGCUGUGAUGAAGAAGUAUGGAGUGAAGCCAGAUGCUGAAACUCUUGACAUUGCCAACACAGCCUCUAGGAUGAAAUCGAUUACAGUAGUGAUGAAGAUAUAUUGGGGAGAUCCUCGUGAGAAGAUAAGUGAAGCAGUUGAACAGAUUCCUCUCUCAAGCCUUGUCAUCGGUAACCGAGGCCUUGGUGGCCUUAAGAGGAUGAUAAUGGGAAGUGUUAGCAACCAUGUUGUGAACAACGUGGCAUGCCCUGUGACCGUCGUGAAGGCUCACACCUGAGCUUUGUAUAUUCUAAGAUUUGUGUUUCUUGUGUCGUAAUUUGUCUCGCUCUUUUUUUUGUUUUAAACUGUUGUGCGACUUGUAUGUUGUCUAUGAGUGCAUCCUUAUCUGUUAAUGGGUAAAAAAUUACUUCACCUCCUAAUAAAAAUAGACUCGUUUUGAGUUUUGGACCAACUGUAUUUUCUUUUCAA